AGGCUAUCGUCAUCGACAGCAAUUCGAACCACGAAGUUGGCGCUGGUCGCGUGUCUUUCGUACAAAAUUCGUAAAGUUUGUUUGGACGUUUAAUUGCUAUAUCAAUCAAAAUGGCGUUCAAAGGAGGCCCGGGGCAGAAAGUCCAGAAGGUUAUGGUGCAACCUAUUAACCUGAUCUUCAGAUAUCUGCAGAAUAGAGCACGGAUUCAAGUUUGGCUGUAUGAAAAUGUUCACUUGAGAAUUGAGGGCCACAUUAUCGGCUUUGAUGAAUAUAUGAACCUAGUACUAGAUGAUGCGGAAGAAAUCUACACCAAGCCAAAGUACCGUAAACAAGUUGGGCGGAUCCUUCUGAAGGGCGAAAAUAUCACACUGAUUAUGAGCACACAGAACAUGUGAAUGAGGCCAAGUGGUCAAUGGGUCAUGUCCAGGAGAUUUUCAUCUUUUGUAUUUCCAUCUCAUGUACAUUAGGUUUAAGUCAGUGUGGCGGCUUCACAAAAAUGUAUCAAGUACCAUAAAAUGUCUGACAGAAGUC